CAAGCAAGCAAGCAACUUGUAUUGUUGCUACAAGGCAUAUAAAUUUUCAUCAUUGCAAGUUGCAACCAUUUUGACCAAAAACCAAUAAUAAGCUUUCGACCAAAAGAAGAAAGAAGAACCCAUUUAUCAUCGUUGGAAAAAAUCCCAGAUCUCAAAAAUGGAAUUUUCGCAGAGUCACAGGGUAGAGAUGAUAAGCAUGGCAGUUGCUCUUGUUGCCAUUGUUGGUGGCACCGCUUACUAUUACUACGUCACCAAGAAGCCAAAAGGGUGCUUGGAUCCUGAGAACUUCAAAGAAUUUAAACUUGUUAAACGCACUCAACUCAGCCAUAAUGUUGCCACGUUCCGAUUUGAUCUUCCUACUCCUAAGUCAGUGUUGGGACUUCCUAUUGGACAACAUAUCAGCUGCAGAGGGAAGGAUAGUCUUGGUGAAGAAGUUGUGAAACCAUAUACUCCUACAACAUUGGAUACUGAUGUUGGAUACUUUGAAUUGGUUGUGAAGAUGUAUCCACAAGGACGGAUGUCUCAUCACUUUAGGGAGAUGCGUGAAGGUGAUUACAUGGCUGUGAAGGGACCAAAGGGACGUUUUAAGUACCAGCCCAACCAAGUAAGAGCUUUGGGUAUGAUUGCUGGUGGCACUGGCAUCACCCCAAUGUUUCAAGUAUGUGUUACAAGAGCUAUAUUAGAAAACCAACAGGACAAAACCAACAUAAAUUUGAUAUAUGCCAAUGUCACAUUUGAUGACAUUCUUUUGAAGGAAGAGCUGGAUGCCUUUGCCAUUAAGUUCCCUAAUCAAUUCAAAGUUUACUAUGUUCUAAAUCAGCCACCAGAAAUAUGGGACGGUGGUGUUGGAUUCGUCACUAAGGAAAUGAUCCAAACAGAUUUCCCUGCACCAGCAUCAGAUAUUAAGAUAUUAAGGUGUGGACCACCUCCCAUGAACAAGGCUAUGGCUGCUAAUCUUGAAGCUCUUGGAUACAGUCCCCAAAUGCAGUUUCAGUUUUAAGUCUUGAAUAAAGCUCAUCUAUAUUAAAUUUUUUAAAAUACACACAGCAUUCGAGUCCGAUAUCAAUGUUUGGACAUUUGUUGGUAUUCUCUUUCUAGAUUUGACAGAAUAAGCGCGCCUGUGUUACACUCUAGGUUAGACAUUUUACAUUGUAGUGAUGUUCAGGUUUAUGGAAAGUUUUGAUGGCGUAUGCUGUAACAUUGCAGGCUGUUUCACAAUUUUGGCUCUCACCCCAAAACUCAUUGAUAAGGUAGAGCUGCAGAGACUUUGCUUUUUGACGUCC